GCAGGACGAAGGACAGAGGAGCUAGCAACAUCCCCUCGGUAAUGUCCGCCACUCGCUACUCCUCAAGGGUCGUCCGCAAGGGCUGCAGAGCCACUGCUGCGGCUGCCACCGCACUCUCCGCGUUCACCACCCCGCACUCUGGCUGCCUUCUCCCAUUCCUCUCACCCUCCCUCCUCCAUUGCCGCCCGAUCUCAGUCCGCGCCGCCAGAGCAGCCAUAAAGCUGCAACAGCAAAAGCAAGGAAGCAGCGACUCGAAAGCAGCAGAGGAGGCCCGGAAGCAAAAAUAUAAGAACCUCGCGACGAAGGAUGGGACCCGGCGCGGUGCUUCCGACCCGUACGAGCCGGGCACGCUGUUGUCGUCCACAGCUGCUGCCUUGACCGCCGCGAGUAGCCUACCGCUCGAUGCGCAGCGAGCAGUGCAUUUGUUUCAUCGGGCGGCUGUAGAGAGAAACGUCGCAGUCGCCGUCGCAAACUACAGACUACUAGCCGCGCGGGACCUGGAGACAGCACUGCCAUUCGAUGACCUCGUCAAAUUACUACGGAUGCUGGGCGAGCCGCUGAUGUUAUCGGGAGACUACAUCCCGACAGAAGCAGACAUGGAAACCUGGCAAGCGAUCUUCUCGACGCUGAGACGCGUGCGCGUGGGGAUCUCGCCGCCGCAUAUGAUCCCUGGAGACGUUUAUCGGAUCAUAUUUGUCGCGUGUGCGCGGAUGCAGAACACUCUGGGGAUGCAGGAGGCGUGGGAGGCAGUGGUGGAGGAUCAGGCAAGGCCCGAGGUGCAGGUGUAUGACGACGCGAUUAUGGCGUUUGCAAAGGACGGGCUCAUCAAGCAGGCGGAUUCCGUUUUCGCUGCGUUGAAGGAGCGGGUGGACAUCGCUCCUGGAUUCAACACCUAUGCCGCGUUGAUCAAGGCUCGCGCCGUAGCGGCCGACCUGGAUGGGGCUUUGUUGUUGAUGAAAGAGCUCCUAUCAAUGGACGAAAAGAUCCCCAUCGUCAUAUUCAACACCCUAAUGGAAGCCUACCUGAAAAAACUCAUGAUCGCCGAAAUGGAACAUCUCUUCAUCCAACUGGACGAGCACAAAACUCUCCCCAACAUCAUCACCUACCACAUCAUGCUCGACGGGUACGCCAAGACCGGCGACGCACCCCACGCACUGGCCCUCAUCCAACGCAUGCGCUCCGAGGUCGAGACCCGCCAUCGCCCUGACUGCGCGCCCAACACGGUGACACUCAACAUCGUCAUGGAUCUCUUCCGAAACCUCGACCAGGUCGAAAACGCCGUUGCAAUCUUCCACGAACUCACAGCCAACGUGGACAAAUCCCAACGUAUCCGGCCCGAUAAGAUCACAUUCACGACACUGAUUGACGCCUUCCGCCGCCGAAACGACUUGGACUCUAUGAACACUUACUUCCACGCCAUGCAACACGAGCACGGGAUAUCCCCCACCGCCGCCCAAUUCUCCGUCUUCAUGCGCUACUACGCAGACACGGGCGACGCCCGCGCCGUCGUCAAGAUCUACACGGACAUGCGCGCCCGUAAGAUCCAACCGAUCCGAUCCACCUUCCUCAACCUCGUUCGCGCACACGAGAUCGCGGGACAACCCGACGGCGCGGCGAGGUGGUACUGGGAAGCCCGGAAACGCGGGUUGACCCCGAACAUCGGGACCGUCAACGCGGCGUUACGUGCGCAGUGCGCCGUCCCCGCCUCCGCACACCCGACGUUGAUGACGGUCGUGCAGGAUAUCUACACCGACGCCCUCCGCUGCGACAAGGUCGACACCUCGUGCGUCACCACCCUCCUCCAGGCGCAUCUGCGCGCGGGGAGCAGUGUGAGCAGAGUGGUGGAAGGGGUGUAUGAACGGGAGUUUGAGCAGAGGGGGGUGAAGCCGGACCAGGGGACGCUGAUGGUGUUGAUCAACAGGGGGAUGCGGCGGGAGGAGGUUGUUGCGGAACGGAUGGGGAGGGAGGGGGCGGACCCGACGACCUGGGAUCCGAUCAUCGCGUAUCUGCAAACCAGGCGCGCGGAUCCCGAUGCGAAAUCGACGCCUGCGGACACCACUGCGACAACCGUCACCACAUCCACGGAUACCCCGGGCCCGACACCCCCGCCAGCACCCCUCGCACCCCCCACCCUGCACCACACCCUCCACGCCCUCGCAACCCACACCGUCCCGCUCCCCUUCGCACCCCCGCCCGCGAAACUCGAAGCCCGCGCCCUGCUCCGCGUCUACCGCGACGUCGUGCACGCCCACCCCAACAGGCCCGUGUCCGCGGCCGUGCUGUAUGCGCUUGCGAAACGGAUGGAUGAGCUGCUGGGUGCGGUUGAUUGGGCCGGGCUGCUGGGGUUGACGACAUGGGCGGGUGGCGAGACGGGCGUUGCUGCCGAGAUGGAGGGGCGGUUGGAGGCAUCGGAGGCGGACGGGGAUGUGCCGAAGGACGCGUGAUGGAUGGCUCCUUUCCCACCCACCUAUGUGAUUUUUUGUGUUGUGGAAUGGCGUAAUGCAAAUCAUGUGCGUGUAGACUAGAUAGAUGCAUAGAAUGGGGACGCAUCGACAUACAGUCACUCUUUGCCACCCCCGCCUCUAAAAUGCCGCACCAUGACCUCAACCUCCCCACACGAAACCCACGCCAAAUCCGAAUCAAGAGAGAAAAAGAAAAGGGCAGCUCAAAUCAUAU